AUCAGUGUGGGAAGAGUUUCACACAAAAAGCAGCCCUUAAUAAACACAUGAGGAUCCACACUGGGGAGAAGUCACACACAUGUAAUCAGUGUGGAAUGAGUUUUAAAAAAUAUGGUGGUUUUAAAAAACAUCUGCUUACUCAUUCUAGAGAAAGACAAGAAAACUGUGACCAAAGCCGUAUGACUGAUCCGGAACACUGCGGAAUAAAACAGGAAUAUACUGAACAACAAAUAGACCUAAUAGAAAAGAACAAGGAGAUUAAGGAACUGAUUGAAGAGGGGGAGAACAAUCAUGUCAAAACUGAAGAAACAUCCUGGAGAAGAGACAAAAUCUGGCCUCAGUGUGAAAAGAGUGUCUCAUGCAAGCAAAAUCUUGAUAUUCAUAAAAUGUCAUCUUAAAGGGAAGCUGUACACAUGUGAUCACUGUGAAAAGACUUUCACAAGUAAAGGAAACCUUACAAAACACAUGAAUAUCCACACUGGGGAGAAGCCAUACACAUGUAAUCAGUGCGGGAAGAGCUUCAGACUAAAAGGAAUCCUCAAAAGACACAUGAAUAUCCACGGUGGGGAGAAGCCCUACACAUGCAGUCAGUGUGGAAAGAGUUUCAGACAAAAAAAUACCCUUAAGAAACACGCAAGGAUCCACACUGGAGAGAAGCCGUACACAUGUGAUCAGUGUGGGAAGAGAUUCAGUAGAAAAGAAUACCGCGAUGCACACUUAAAAACCCACACUGGAGAGAAGCUGUGCACAUGUGAUCAGUGUGGGAAGAGUUUCACACAUAAAGGAGCCCUUAAUAGACACAUGAAGAUCCACACUGGAGGGAAGCCGCACACAUGUAAUCAGUGUGGGAAGAGUUUCAGACUUCAGCAAUAUCUUAACGAACACAUGAUGAUCCACACUGGAGAUAAGCCAUACACAUGUAAUCAGUGUGGGAAGAUUUUCAGACAUGAGCAAUCUCUUAUACAACACAUGAUGAGCCACACUGCAGAGAAGCCAUACACAUGCAAUCAGUGUGGGAAGAGUUUCAGACUAAAAGUAGUACUUGAAAGACACAUGAAAAUCCAUACCGGGGAGAAGCCGUACACUUGUGGUCAGUGCGGGAAGAGCUUCAGACUAAAAACAAUACUUGAAAAUCACAUGAAUAUUCACACUGGGGAGAAGCUGUACGCAUGUGGUCAAUGUGGAAAGAGCUUCAGACAAAAAUCUACCCUUAACAAACACACAACGAUCCACACUGGAGAGAAGCCGUUCACAUGUGAUCAGUGUGGAAAGAGUUUCAGACGAAAAGAAAACCGUGAUUCACACCUAAAAAUCCACACUGGAGAGAAGCCAUACAUAUGUGAUCAGUGUGGGAAGAGUUUCACACAAAAAGGAGCCCUUAAUGGACACAUGAGGAUCCACACUGGAGAAAUGCCCUACACAUGUGAUCAGUGUGGGAAGAGUUUCAGACGAAAAGAAAACCUUAAUGCACACCUAAAAAUCCACACUGGAGAGAAGCCAUUCACAUGUGAUCAGUGUGGGAAGAGUUUCACACAAAAAGGAGGCCUUAACAAACACAUGAGGAUCCACACUGGAGAGAAGCCGUACACAUGUGAUCAGUGUGGGAAGAGUUUCACACAAAAAGGAGCUCUUAACAAACACAUGAGGACCCACACUGGAAAGAAGCCACACACAUGUAAUCAGUGUGGAAUGAGUUUCAAAAAAUAUGGUGGUUUUAAAAAACAUCUGCUUACUCAUUCUAGAGAAAAACCUGAAAGCCAAAGCAGUAGAAAACCUGGAAAGAGUUUUAGUCGGAUGGUUGCAUUAAAGAUGCACCAGAAAAGACACAGCGGUGUGAAGGAUCAUGCUUGCUCUAAAUGUGGCAAGACUUUUUUACAUAUGGUGCACUGAAAGUGCACCAGACAGUUCACACUACAGAAACACCUUACAAGUGUUCACACUGUGACAAGAGAUUCAAAAUGUCAACACAUCUACAAUUACAUGAGAGGAUCCACACUGGAAAGCAGCCAUAUCACUGCCAUUCAUGUGGG